AUGACGCCUGACCCGAUGACCGGCCAGCAGAGCGAGCAGGAUGGCCACGAUGACCCCGGUCGACGCGGCGACGGACGGCCUAAGGCGCUACGACGACCGGACGACCGACUAGGAGAACGAGGACAGGAAGAGGAACGGGAACACGAACAUGAACAAGAACAAGAUCAGGAACAAAGACAAGAGCAGCCGUUUCUGAUGCUGUCGCCGACUCUGCAUGCUCCUGCAAACGGACUGGGUCCCAGAGGCCACGCCCACGUUCGAUCUCGGUCCCUGGCGGCUCCGUCAAGUGCGCCGGUCAUGGCCAGGGCUCACUCGUCCCCAGGGCUCGACUCUCGUGGCAGAUACGUCUUCCCACAGAGCGGCCCUGGCAAACCGUCUGCGGUCGGCGUCACUCCCCAUGAGCUCCCUUUGCGUCGUCCCAGUCCGUUACGGACCUCCUUCGACAGUGUCGGGAGCGGCAGCCAGCCACUCCCGAGCAGCCAUAGCAUCGCCAUUUCAGAGCCCAUCCUGGAGCAGCCAGAGCUCCAGGCUUCGCCAGUUUCAUACACCAGCCAUCCUAGCCAGUCCGCGGCCAGCUAUACCGCCUAUGGCUCUAGUGGUAGCCGACCCGGGAGUGGACGUUCGGUCUCUCCGUCGUGGUCUCCUGCUCUUCACAACACCCUCCCCCGUGUAUCCAGGCGCCGACCCUCUUCCCCUUUACUCACCCACGUCCCCGGACAGACAUCCAAUGGCUACACAUCUAAUGGCCAUAUGUCAAAUGGUGGGAUACUUGGAUCCUCUGCAACGACUGCUUCGACGCCUUCAUCGGCCUCGUCUCCUUCCCGUCCAUCCCCGCUUAUCCUGCCCGCCAAAUUCAACGAGCCGUAUCCGGCGUACUCCCUCUCCCUGGCUUCCUCCAUGCCUUCUACCCCAACCAGCAUCCGCUCUCGCUCCCCCAGCAUAUCCUCUCUCGAGACCAUCCCUGACAUUCCCGACGCCGAAGCCGCUGCUAUCGAAGCCGACCAGAUCGCCAGGCUGAAAGCUGCCGCUGAUAAGGCAGAUGCUGCUGUCGAGGCAGGCGGAUUCCCCCAUGAUCUCAAGAGACGCAGUGCCGUCGACAUAUCUUCUCCUUCUCCCGGAUCGCGUUUUGGAUCCGGCUGGGCUGACAAGCGCAAGCGAUGGAGUGUCUGCGGUGCUGAAGGCAGACAGGAUCUUGACCUUGAGACUAUAUGGGAGGACUAG